AUGGCUGUUCACACUAAUAGACAGAUCCUUACGAGGGGAAAGAACUAUGCUACAAAGCAAUCAAAGAAAUUUGGUACCGAUGAGGUAACGUUUGACAAGGAUUCCCGUCUUGAUUAUUUGACCGGGUUCCACAAAAGAAAAGUGCAAAGGCAGAAGAAGGCACAAGAAUUCAACAAGGAGCAGGACAGGCUCAGGAGAAUUGAAGAAAGACAGAAAGUUCGUCAGGAACGUAAAGAGAUAAUGGAAGAGCAGUUAAAGACGUUUAAAGAAAGUUUGAACUUGGAGGCCGAGAUAGAAGAUGCAAAAAAGGGUGAUGUUGACGGUGCCAAGGUAGAGUCUGACGAUUCCUGGCACGGGUUUGAUUCCGAUGAAGAAGAAGUCGAUGGCGACAAAGAAGGCAACGACGUGAAGCCCAUUUUGAAGAAGGGCGCCGUUACUGAAAUAUACGAUGACUCAACUACAGUAGAAGUGGAAUCUUUGGAGCCCAACGAUAACUUUGAAUAUUUGGCCAACUUGAACAAUGUCAAGUUGGAAAAGGCAGAAAAAGUGCUCACCCAAAGCAUAAACAGAGCUACCAAAUACGCCAAAUUUUUAGGUGUGGAUGACAAGCAAAAGAAGAAGCCAAAGGUAAAGAAGUUUAGAUAUUUGACCAAGAAUGAAAGAAGAGUAAACCAAAGGAAGGCUAACGACAAUAAGCGCAGGAGAUGA